CUCGUGCAUGUGGAACGGUGGCACCCACCAGAAUCAAGGCGCUUCUGAUAUGUGCACCGCAGCUCGACACGACAAAGAGAACGCAGCGAUCAAACAUGACCCUGUACGACGAGCAAAGAAUUCAAUACCAUUGAUCGACAAGGACACACAAAUCGCUUACCCCCUCGCAGCACCUUGCGUGCCACUGGUAUAUGAUCUACGAUACCCACCCAAUUCUUUCUGUCUUCCGCCAUCAUCUCCAUAUGAGGGACGGGGAUCUGAGUUCCUUCGAGUGCCACUCACGCCAGCACGACACAACCAGAUACGGCUGAUCAGCCAAGACUUUCCCUGGGCAUUCAACAUUGGCCCCAAGCCCGGUGCCGCAGAACAGGGCGUGACGUGUCUUGACGUCCUCACUGCGCUACACGCUGCAUUGCAGCGUCCACUCUCAGACACAGAGUGGGGAGCCGCUGCAGAGGAUAAACAUGCGAGCCUCGUCAGAGCGCGCGAUCGUCGGCUAAAUAUGAAACCUGCUGUGUGCGGGAGCUCCAGUACCGAGGCAUGCACCACUGCCAGGCCUAGAGUGCGAUUUGUAUCUGAUGUGGAUGUGCAACCUGCGCGACGAGAGCCUUCGAUACUCCGUGUGGACUGGCUUGGAUCUCGUGUUAUGUUUGGGGGGCUCGUCAAGGAUGAGACAUUUGCGAGGAGGAGACUCAUUCCGGGUGCGAGAGAGCCAUCUGAGACGUGGGUUGUGAGGUUCCAGAACUUACCAUAAUAAUCAUGUUUGGACGAAAUGUACAUACCUUUUAGGUAUCGGUUAUCGAGAUUUUGGGACAUGUAAUUGGUGCAUGCGCAUUACAGGGGUUAUUGU